CACCCCACUUUUUGGAUCACUUUGCUUUGUUUUUCGUUGGGGAUAUCGUCCGUUCAAGUCCUCCCAAACUGCUGUUCGGCUUUUUGAUGCAGUAGUCAAGAUUUUACCCUUGACUACAACAAUAUGCCUCGUGGGUCACUGGAAAGUCUGCCCCCCGAAACAUUGAUACAGAUAUUGGAGUUGCUGAACUAUGAGCAUCCACCAAGCCUGUUGGCUGUCGCCUGUACCAGCAAGCAUUGCUAUUCGCUUGCCACUCCGCUGCUCUUCCGGACAAUAAAAAUCAUUUAUGGCGGGCCUCGAAAGUUGAGUAUCGAUGUACAGGGAUACACCGAGAUGCUGUCACGGUCCGCAGGCUUUCGAUACGUUCGUCGUCUCCUGAUCUAUAGCAAUGACGGUGACCAUGACGGUGGCCAUGACGGUGACCAUGACGGUGACCAUGACGACGACUGGGAACAUGACUAUCAAUGGAAACGACCGAAAACAUCGCGUGUAGAACGUGGUGAAAGUGAAGCGUCGAUAUUUGAACCACACGAUGGCCGGAUGCGUUGGUACAGUGACAACGUGCAGCCCAUCCGGGACGUCAACAAGCUGAAUAAAGACUGGAACUCACUGGCCACUUUUUUGAAGAUGCUGCCAGGUCUGACAGAUCUGGUAUAUGAAUGCAGCGAGUUGCUUCCCCCUUGUGUUCUAGGCGCUCUUCAUCAUUGCCGCCCACAAUGUCGGCUCCAUGUUGACCUUUCGAACCUCCCCUGUCUAUAUGGACAUCCGGUCCAUAGCUAUGAACUCGAACUUCUACGUUCCGUGUGUCUUUACUCUAUCAUGAUCAAUUUCGAGGAAGACAGUCAUCAUGAUUCGGAUGGAAUUACCAGUCAUCAUGCAGAUGCAGUCCAACAACUGGUGGCGGGCGUGGCACCCAAUCUGAGGGAAGUCUAUAUGUUUUUGGAUCACACAGUGGGCGACUAUGCUAUACAAAACGCUCUAAAUUUUCGAAAAGAGCUUGAUCUUAAGCUCAAGGGACAAAUGCUCUCGCAGCGAGGACUUGUCUGCCUGCAAUUCGAUAAUGACCAUGCACAACUCACCAAAGACUGGAUGAAGUAUUGGGCCGUCGGCACUGACUUUUCCUCAUUGAAGAUAUUAAAGCUUUGGUCGGAUGUCGAGGAGGAAAUGUGGAAAUAUCUUAUUGUUAAUCACAACUUUAGCUCACUCCACACGCUGCUUUUGACCAUGCCGUCGGCCUUCAGCCCCCGGGUAUCUGGAAGAUACUAUGAUACAGUUGCUCGUUUUCUCCUGAGCCUUCCCCCACUGUCGAGUCUCACAUUAUGCAACUGGAAACAUGACUUGCCAUUGGAUGCAGUCAUCCCCUAUCACGGGCCUAACCUGCGUAAGCUUUCUGUCUCGCCAUUUGAUGAUGAAAGCUUGACACUGGUGAACGUUAAGCGAAUAUCCACGUCCUGUCCUCUGCUUGAAGAGUUGAAGCUCCCGCUCCGCAGAUCCAAGGGCGAUUCCACGGAAGUGAUGGCCUAUCAAGCUCUGGGCUCGCUCCCUUCACUGCGAUCUCUCGACCUGACCCUCAACGCGUCUAACCGAAGCGUCCUAGAUUCAGGGGUGAGCUCCGACGGAGAGGCCAUAAUCCCGGACAAUCCCACCUUCGACGAAUUUGACCGGGCAUUCUUCACAGGCGACCAAUUUUCCCGCCCGGAGAUGCACUACCACGGCAUCCCGCGCUUUCCCCGAAAUGGCCACAUCCGAGACGCUCUGAUCAACAGCGCCCUAGACCGGACGCUCGCGCGUGACAUCUUCCGUGCUGUAUCUUCUGGGAAAAAGUCUUCCUCAAUGACGCUAGAGAGGUUGUCCCUGACUGUGGAAGGUGGAGGCGACUUGGGCGGCGACUCGCAACUCUUAGCGGGCUUAAUCCUGAUGGUCGACCACCUCAAUCGUCCGUUUACAGUCGAGCGUAAUCCGCGCGAUGAUCGUCGCGAUCACUUGACUAUCAGAAGGCACAAACACACUAACCAUAGCGGCAUCUACAGUACCGGCGCGAAAAUCGACCCCUACGAAGACAUUUUCUGCCGCAUCUGGCCCGUCAGCCAGCACGAUCACGAGCAAUGGUGGACGAGGUGGCACAGCUUCCCUUUGGUGGAGCUGCCUACAUCAGGAUCUGAUUCUUAA